CUCGAUCACAGUGAGAGUGAGACAUGGAAAUGGAGCAGCUUCUCAACAUGGGCUUCCCCACCGACCUCGCCGCCGAAGCCCUCGCCGCCACCGGCGGCACCUCCGCUCUCAAAGCCACCGAUUGGAUUCUCAACCGCAGUUCCUCUCCCACCACCACAGCCUCCCUUCCCACCGCCACCUCUCAGCCCAAGCUCGACCGCUUCUUCCUCUCCCAAUCCCCAAAUCCACAAUCCCAAGACCAACAACAGCUCCCAAAGCGCCGCAAACUCCUCGUCCCGGAAACCCCACCUCCUCCGCCCCCAAACUCCGCCGACAAACCCGCAACCUCCACCCACCACCAGCCCUUGUCGGAGCGCAUGCGUCCCAAGACCCUAAACGACGUUGUCGGCCAAGACCACCUCCUCGCCCCAAACUCGCUCCUCCGCUCCGCUAUCAAAUGCGACCGCCUCCCUUCCCUCGUCUUCUGGGGCCCACCGGGUACCGGAAAAACCUCCAUCGCCAAAGCCCUCAUUAACUCCUUCUCCUCCUCCGCCGCGAAACCCUACCGCUUCGUCUCAAUCUCCGCCGUCACUGCCGGCGUCAAGGACGUGAGGGACGCCAUCGACGAGGCCAGGAAGAGGAGGAAGCUCAACGGCCAGAGAACCGUUCUCUUCGUCGACGAGGUUCACCGGUUCAACAAGUCGCAGCAGGACUCGUUCUUGCCGGUGAUCGAGGACGGCAGCAUUGUCUUCAUGGGCGCCACCACUGAGAACCCCUCGUUCCAUCUCAUCACGCCGCUCUUGUCUCGCUCUCGAGUUCUUGAUCUCCGCCCCUUAAACCCCCAAAACAUCGAGCUCCUCCUCCGGCGAGCUGUCGAAAACUCCGAAAUCGGAUUGAUUCGCAGUGUAGGGAUGGAAGUUGGUGUGAAUGAGGAAGCUAUUCAUUUCAUUUCCGCGAAUUGCGAUGGAGAUGCUCGAGUGGCGCUCAAUGCGUUGGAGAUUGCAGCUACUACUGCAGCUGCAAGAGUCACUGCGCCGGAUUCGGCAGCUGGUGUGAACUUGGAGGAUGCCAAGGAAGCAAUGCAGUGCAAGCAUAUGGCGUCGGAUAAAGCCGGGGAAGAGCACUACAAUCUUAUCAGUGCUCUUCACAAGUCUAUGAGAGGGAGUGAUGCCAAUGCAGCUAUUUAUUGGCUGGUGAGGAUGGUUGAGGGAGGGCAGGAGCCUCUGUACAUUGCGCGGCGGCUGGUGAGGUUUGCAAGUGAGGAUGUGGGGUUGGCGGAUCCGUUGGCGCUUAACCAGGCUGUGGCUUGUUACCAGGCUUGUCAUUUUAUUGGAAUGCCGGAGUGCAAUGUGGUUCUUGCACAGUGUGUGGCUUACUUGGCUUUGGCUCCGAAGUCUAUUGCGGUUUAUAAGGCGAUGAAGAAUGCAGCAGAAGUGGUGAGGAGUUCUGUUGGACAGAAUGAGGGGGUGCCUCUUCAUUUGAGGAACGCGCCGACUAAGCUAAUGAAGGAUUUUGGGUACGGGAAAGGAUAUAUAUACACGCCUGAUGAUCCUUCAGCAGAACAGAAGUUUCUCCCGCCGUCACUUGCAGGUUACAAGUUUCUGGAUUGGCCUGUCAGUAAUGAGGCAGAUAGAUGAGAAGCCUUGGGUUCACUGCCCUGCGCUGGUUAGGAACUCUCUACUAAUUUUUUCAUUUUUGUUGAGAGGGGUAAUAUAUUGAUGUGUUUGGGGUGUUUUUUGUUCUUAUAUCAACAACCAGUAUAGUUUUGAAAUUGCUUGUGAUCAUGACUGGAAAUUGAUGGCCUUGUAGCCACAGUUGUAUAGUUCUCCAAGUAUUGCUAGUUGUUUCCUAUGACCAAAUUCAAUCCUUUUUUAUCUUCUUAUA